AUGGAAUCUCAUUCGCAACGGAAUUCAAGUGGACCAACACAUAGUGACACAACAGAAUAUGUGCUUCAACCGUAUGGUGAAAGACCAUAUCAAUGCGAAUUUUGUGAUAAAUCAUUUAAUCGAAAGUCGAGUCUAAACUUGCACAAGGUGGUACAUAUCGAAGUGAAAUCUCACAAAUGCGGAGUGUGUGGUAAAACAUUUAAGAGAAAAAGUGAAUUGUAUCAGCAUGAAAAAAUUCAUACAGAUGAAAAACGAUAUCAAUGCAAAUUAUGCGAUGAAUCAUUUAAUCGACAAUGUCAUCUAAACUCGCAUCAGAUGGCACAUAUCGAUGCGAAACCUUACAAGUGUGACCAAUGUGAGAAAAGUUUCACGUCAAAACGAGUGUUGCGUCGUCAUAUAAAUGCAAAGCACAACGCUAAAAGACCGUACAGAUGCGGAAUAUGUAGUAAAACGUUUAAACAUAAUGGUGAUUUGCAUAGGCAUGAGAGAAUUCAUACAAGUGAAAAACCAUAUCAAUGCGAGGUUUGUGAUGAAUCAUUUCGUCAAAAAUCGAAUCAAGACAGGCAUAAGAGAGAGAUACAUAACAAUGAAAAACUUUACAAGUGUGCCCAAUGUGAGAACUGUUAUGCAACAAAACAAAGUUUGCAUUAUCAUAUAAACAUGAAGCACAACGGUGAAAAACCGUAUAAAUGUAACGAAUAUCCAACUACAUUUAUCUAUAUUCCAUUCGAUAUUACUCAUACAAAAAUACAUAGAGAUGAGGAACUACAUCUUUGCGAGGUUUGCGGCAUAACCUUUACUUCCAAAGAUAACCUAAACGUUCAUAAAUUUGUACAUAGCGAUUAA